AACAAGCAAUGCGCUAAAAUGAGUAUGUAAAAUAGUCUUUCUUCGCAGUUGUUGUUUUAUCCAAAAUCGACUCUGGCAUGGCGGCUUUGGUGCGCAGGACUCAGUUUCAUUCAUGGGCAUUGCUUGCACGUUCCGAUGAGGCUCGAGUGUUGCAGGAAGAGCUGCCAGACGUAUUCUUGCUUGGUGAGGCAGGUGUGGAGAGCCUGGGGUGGUAGCGCAGUUAGGAAGAUCGAAUGUCCCUUAGAAUCAGAAGCUCUAAGGGACAGAAACCAGUAUACGGUCUAGGGCAGAUAGAGCAGAAGCGCAGCAUCAAGCUGUCCAGCUUCCGGUUUUAUGUGCAGACUGAGUCUGAGGGGCAGUAAGCAGUGAUGGAUGAUUUAUCGGUUCAUAUAGGGACUCGGAUUCCCAUCUUUGACAGAUUGCUGAGACUUGUUACAGAGAGAACCAGCCAGAUCGGUCCUCGGCACUUUGCAAGGACGUUAGCAUCCAUCCAGAGAUCUGCGCCUUCGGCCUUGUCCCUCAGGGAUCCGCACUCUAAUUAAAGUACGGUUCAGGAUUCGUGUUUAGGGUUUACAGGACACGUCAGCCAGGCGUGCGUAUCCUAUUUCAGGCCCGAGUGACGUGGAUGUGCCACGUAGACGAGCUGUCAGCUUUCCGGCGGCCAUGAGGAUAACGGAGAGGCGACUUUUGACCCCCGGUCAACGGAAUUCGGUCUUCUCGACGCAGGAGUUGUCGAUCAAUCCAUCGACGUUCAAUCCAAAUGAUGGAAUCCUCUACCUCGAGAGACCGCGGACUGGAAAUGCCAACCCUGUAUUGCUCAUCGUCAUUGUCUCUGUUUUCCACGGAGAUCACGACAGUUGAAAAUUGCAAUUACUUCCAGACCUUGCAAUUCUGCUUUGCACUUUUUCGAUGACUCAAACCAGGGAUAUGAGAGAUGUCACGAUUCAGCAAUAGAGGAUCUUGCACCAGCCACUACUAAUUAACCUUUGGCCUGAUUUCAGAACCCGUGCUUAGUGCCUCAUUUUGGACCCACUACCAAAAGCUGACGACCGUAAGUCGUAUCGAUGUUCCGUGGAGAUCAUAUCUAUCUGCGUAAGAACCACGCCGCAGAUACUUCUUUCCCCAUGGCCAAGAGCUGACCGAGGUUGGAGCUUUGAAGUCCGAGUGUUAUGAGUGCGAAGACUUCAAUGAGACCACUGGAAGGCCGUCCGUCGCAAGUAUGAAACUUAUUGUUAGUAAUAGCUAUAUGGAAUGUUAUACCAAUUUAAUCUUUCUACAGAAUUUUAAAUUUAUCACGAUGGAUAUAAGGAUUAAAGUUUAGGAAGUGCUAGUUAUACCUCACCCUAGUAUACUCAAUUCCCUGAUUUGUCCUACACCGUAUCCUGAUUGUAAACUAUAACUCUAAAUUUA